AUGCAGCAGCAGCGAUGGGUGGCAUCAAUCUCUCGAAAAACGAAAGGCGAGACACCACCGCCUCGUGCAAUCCACUGGCACGGCCCGAUCGUCAUGUUCCUCUGCUUCAUCGGCGCCAUCGCCCUCGCCGUUGGCCACCACAUCCUCAGCCUCACACUUGACGGCAGACCCGUGUCCGCCGUCCCCGUGGAGCAACAAUGGGUUUCCCGAGCGGCAAACGCGCUGGCGUACCUCGUCAAGGUCCUCCUGGUGCUGGCGACGGGCACCGCUCAAUUCGAUGCCAUGUUCGGCGUGCUGGACAAUGUCUUUGAAUUCCACCAUCUGGGUUUUUGGAUGAGACGGCCGGUUUUGUUGGUGGUCGUCGUGGUUCUGUGGCUCAUACCAUUAGUCGCCAUCAUCACGCCCGGCACCAUCUCCGUCGUGUCCGCGUCGACAAGCGAGCCCAAGACCAUCUCCGUCCCGCAGCGAGAAUACGGCAAGACCUCGUACGGCGCCGCCGUGACCGCGACGACCAAUGACACCGUGUUUUACGGUGGUGCACGGUCCUAUCUCAAGGGACCGACGCUCACGACGCUAACCGAGACGGAGAUCUUGUCAGUAUCAGUGGGUGGGGACGCAUUUCCCACCAACUCAAACUUGACUUGGUCGAUGGGGUUCUUUGGCCCGGCCAUAUCUUGCUCGGCCGCUGGCGUGGAAGUCACGACGCGGUUGACGGACUUGAUCCUCCCGUAUCAACAACAAAAGCAAGUGUCGUUGAUGUACGACGCCUGGGUCCCGAGACCGGCGACGGCGACAUCGCCCAACGACACUCUUCUCGUCGACGGCAUGCUCGUUGUUGAUCCCGACAGGAACAGCAACCUCCGGAUCCUGGACCAGAUUUCGCCCGACGCAGCAAGGAUCUUUUACAGCAUUGCCCCGGACGUGAUGAGGCAGGCGACGAUGACAGCCCCCAUCCAUGUCAUCGAGUGUGCCCUGUACAACGCGUCGUGGCACCUAGACUUCGACGUCCGCAACACUGGCGAGCAGGUUCUCACACCGACCCUACAAUUUGAGAACUGGAUGCCUGGGUGGAGCAGCAUCCAACCAGCGCUGACGGCCAGCACCGAAACCAACGUGAUCCUCGACUAUGCAGGUCUCAUGGAGACCUUUGGAGCCAUCACCAGCGGUCAUCUAGACUAUCCCAACGAUCCUACCUUGCCUUUCGAACAGACUAGCCUAGCGUUGGAAACCAGCCCGGUCUUGUUCAACGACGCGUUUCCCGACCCUUUCAACGACGCUGCCAUGGUUCAGCUCCAACGGACCCUGCAGACACUGUUUCAGAACAUGACUCUCUCGGCCCGGUAUGCUAUGCUGCCUCGACAGGAUCUCCGGGGCGACGCCUCAACCUGGACGUUUGUCAACGUCAACGCAACAUCCACGUUCUCCCGCAACGUGUACUCCUACAAUAGCCGAGACCUUGUUGUUGCGUACACGCUUGCGAUAGGCGGUAGCGCCAUAUGUAUGCUCGUUGCCAUGCUGGCCAUCUCUAAAAUGGACGCCGUGUAUUCGAACAGCUUCUCCACAGUCGUCCGCGUCAGCCGGAAUCAACCCCGUCUCGACACCGUGAUUCGCGAUGACCACGACCGCAGCGGAGCGCAGCCCUUGCCAAAAAGAGUCGCUGAUGCGUAUAUGUGGAUCGGUCGCGAGGAUAUCGUGGGCCGGGGAAUUGGGCGAGGCCGCGUCGCGACGGCGGACACGUGGGACUCUGAGAGGGAGGAGAGCCGCUCGUGGUGGGGGAAACGACGGGCGAUGGAUCUGGAGAAGUCGGGCCCGACUACAGGGCCGUCCAGUGUCGUCAGACCGCUGCCAGGUGGCAUCGUGGCCAAUUCGAAGACGAGUGGCUCGCUCGGUGGUUGGAUAUAG